UCGUUUCUGAGAUACCCUUUUCAUUUUUCCGGGAUUCAGGCUUGCACCCAUUGAUUCGGAAGCGUCGCGUGGCAGCUUUGUGCAAUAGAGCUUAUUGAGGGUAAAACUUCAAUCGAUCGCGACCUGCCGUUUUCCCCAAAUUGUAGACAAUAGUCUACAUCUUCAGACCCUUACUAGACUAUCCAGCGCGUUCGCCGCCCCGCGACCACGAUGUACAUAUCGUCCUCUACGCUCCGGACUAUCGCCUGGUCGGCGUUCGCUUUCUCCACAGCACGCGCCCAAUACGUAGUAGACAGCCUCAGCUUCGGCCACAAAGAGGGCGAGUCGAUAUCGCCCAACCUGCGGGCAAUCCCACACUUCCACACCAAAGGCGAAGGCUACGAACCCGAGAUUCUCUCCGACCGCGUCCUCCUCACACCUCCCUACCCAGGCAACAAGCGCGGCGCACUAUGGAGCGAAGAGCCUCUUGGCCGGAUAGGAGGAGAUUGGACAGUUGAGUUGCACUUCCGGGCUUCAGGCAUGGAGCGAGGAGGCGGGAACCUGCAGCUAUGGUACACGAGAGAAUCAAUGAAGAAUGACGUACCGGCGAGCUUGUAUACCGCGCCGAAGUUUGAUGGGCUGGUGUUGGUAGUGGAUCAAUAUGAGGGAAGAGGAGGAACUGUGCGAGGCUUCUUGAACGAUGGGAACAUGGACAUCAAGGCGCAUCAGGAUCCCGAUACGCUGUCUUUUGGGCAAUGCAACUAUGCGUACAGGAAUCUGGGGCGCUUGAGCGUGCUAAAGAUCAAGCAAUCGCACGGUGUUUUCGAGGUUACGGUGGACGGAAACCCAUGCUUCUCUACGGACAGGAUGAAGCUUCCCGACGGCUACUACUUCGGCAUCACCGCCUCCAGUGCCGAGAACCCCGACAGCUUCGAAGUCCACAAAUUCAUCGUCUCCACCACCAACGCCGUCACGCGGGAAGAACCCGACCGCAACAACUACCGGGCCCAGGACCCGCACCAGCAACAGCAGCAAACCCAGCAAAAGCCGUCCGACCCCAACAUCCCCCAAAUGCUCGAAGACGUCUUCGCCGCCAAUAUCCGCAGCCAGCAAGACCAAUUCGCCGACCUGCACAACCGCAUCCAGAUCCUCAACCACCGCGUGAACGACAUGUACGUUCUGCUGGAGAAAUACGUCGCCGACCAGGACCAGCGGUACAACCAUCUCAUGGGCCGGGUGGUGCCGAUGCACGACCAGAUCAGCGCGACGCUCAGGAAUGUGGAGAAGGUGGAGCGCACGACCAUGGAGACGCUGCGGGACUUGGAGAGCAAGGACUUCAAGGAUAUGCUGAGCCAGGUGCAUCAGGCGAUAGAGAAUAGCCAUAAUGCUAUUAGCUCGAACAUGCCGUUGGCUAUGGCGCAUAUUGUUGGAAAGGAACGCCCGAGCAUGACGACUUUCUUGUUCAUCGCGGUGGCGGUGCAGAUCAUGGUCGUGGGAGCAUACGCCAUGUACAGAAAGCGAAGAGGGAGUGCGCCGAAGAAGUAUCUCUGAGCUCCUUUUGCGGCUUUUGAUGGGUUCCUGUUUCGGAGGCAUGCUCCUCCGAGCAAGACGACGUCUCGGCGCUUGUAUCAUAUGGCUUCUUUUCUUGGUACAUCUUGAGUCGCCUAUGGCAUUUCCGGCGUCUGGUGGUGGAUAUCAAGUCGCUUUGAUUCAUGAGAGACGGGAAUAGAAGGGCAGAGCAUUAGGCAAUGCCCAGGUGGA